CCCUCCCCACUUUGCUCAAACUUUAAACCUAUGCUACAGAUUUUCCAGGGCUUGCCCAAAAGAAUUCAUCAGGGAACAGCGAGAGUGAGUGCAAAAAAGAGAGAGAGAGAGAGAGAGAGAGAUCCAACAGGAGGGAGUGCAGUUCUGUGGUCUGUGUUUAUGUUGGUCUUCUAUCCAGAAGAGGAGCGUCACAAGGCAGAGGGAUCAGCUGAACCUGAUUACUCCCUGUAGGAAAAGACAUCCCUCCAACAUAAAGGUUCAUCUGCACAGAUACCUUCUAAGGUGUAAAUCCGGACAAGUAACCGCAGCUCCUCAGCAUUCCCACCCAUCAACAGGAGAACCGUCCAAGCAAGCCUCUUAUUUAGCUUCUUUUUUAUACAGUGUUCUUGGGAAUCCUUUGAAUCUUCAUCCACAGAGCCCGGUGACAUCGGCGCAGAAGAGAGCCACACGAAAUCCACAGCCCUCGUACCAGAGAAGCGCCGAGAGACCAAACAGGAAGUAACAGAGGGUCAAGCGGCUGGCCCUCGAGCACAGAAGAAUUUGGGAGAAGGUCGCGCGGCCCGUGGUGCUGUAACCCGAUCGCCAUGUCUCGCUGGGGUCGAAGAGAUGACAAGAACCGGAAGACGCCGGAGGUGAUCCGGACGGUGACGGAGGGCCUCAAGUCGCUGUAUCGUAAGAAGCUGCUGCCCCUGGAGAAGUACUAUGACUUCCACAGCUUCCACUCUGCGAGCCUGGAGGACGCUGACUUCGACAACAAGCCCAUGGUGCUGGUGGUGGGCCAGUACUCUACAGGAAAGACCACCUUCAUCAGGUAUCUCCUGGAGCAAGACAUUCCUGGGAGCCGGGUCGGACCAGAGCCCACCACCGACUGCUUCACUGCCAUCAUGCACGGGGAGGUGGAGGGGAUCAUCCCGGGAAAUGCACUCAUCGUGGAUCCCAACAAGCCCUUCCGCAAGCUCAACCCAUUCGGGAACACCUUUCUCAACAGGUUCCAAUGCGCACAGUUGCCCAACCAGGUCCUGGAGAGCAUCAGCAUCAUAGAUACGCCCGGGAUCCUGUGCGGGGCCAAGCAGAGGGUGAGCCGAGGCUACGACUUCCCUGCCGUGCUGCGCUGGUUCGCCGAGCGUGUGGACCGCAUCAUCCUGCUGUUUGAUGCCCACAAGCUGGAGAUUUCCGAUGAGUUCUCUGAGGCUAUCGGAGCUCUGCGAGGCAAUGAGGACAAACUGCGCGUGGUGUUGAACAAGGCCGACAUGGUCAGCACCCAACAGCUGAUGCGUGUCUACGGCGCCCUCAUGUGGUCGCUGGGGAAGGUGUUCGGCACGCCCGAAGUGCUGCGCGUGUACAUCGGCUCUUUCUGGUCUGAGCCGCUCAUGGUGCCCGACAAUCGACGGCUGUUUGAGCUGGAGGAGGAGGAUCUGUUUGCAGACAUCCAGAACCUUCCCCGCAAUGCUGCCCUACGGAAGCUGAAUGACCUAGUGAAGCGAGCCCGCCUUGUCAGGGUUCAUGCUCACAUCAUUAGCUACCUGAAGCAAGAGAUGCCCUCCGUCUUUAGGAAGGACAACAAGAAGAAGCAUCUGAUCAACCAGCUGCCUGUCAUCUUUUCCAAGAUCCAGCUGCAGCACAACAUCUCUCCUGGGGACUUUCCAGAUUGCACCAAGAUGCAGGACCAGCUCAUGGUUCAAGACUUCACAAAGUUCAAGCCCAUUAAGCCUGGCCUGAUGGCUGUCCUGGAUGAGCUGUUGACCAGCGAUAUCGCCAAGCUGAUGCCCUUGUUACGCCAGGAGGAGUUGGAGGCUGGCAUCCAGCCUGGCGUUCAGGGCGGGGCCUUCCUCGGGACCCGCGCCGGGCCCUUUAUGGAGGGGGACCCCUUUGCUGAGAAUGGGGAAGGAAGUGAGGAGGAGGAGGACUGGGUGGUGACGAAGGACAAGCCCAAGUAUGACGAGAUCUUCUACAACCUCUCGCCCAAUGAGGGAAAGCUGAGUGGCACCAAAGCCAAAGACUGGAUGGUGACCACGCGUCUGCCCAACUCCGUCCUGGGACGCAUUUGGAAGCUGUCAGAUGUGGACCGCGACGGCAUGCUGGAUGACGAGGAGUUCGCCCUGGCCAGUCACCUGAUUGAGGUGAAGUUGGAGGGGCACGGCUUGCCCCCCGAGCUGCCCGCACGCCUGGUGCCACCCUCCAAACGCCGCCACAAAGGCUCCGAUGCUUAGGCGGCCACCAGCUGUCCGACAAUACUGUCUGUGCCUCAUUCAGUCUACGUCCAUCCAUCAGCUUACCAUUACUUACAUCUCUACACUUCCCCUGGAGUAACGCUAAUGCACCACUAGGUGGCGUUCUGCCCCCUAUGGGUGCUUUUCAUGCUCAAGGUUCUGGUUUGCCUCUGACUUGACUAACAUUCACAUGACUUUGUAGUGACCUAUGAAAUUGAGCACCAAAUUUAAUCUUCACACAUGAUAAUUACCCGCCACACUCCACCCACCAUCACCACAACUACCCAGCAUCCCAUUUUCGGGAGAAUUCAGGGCAGCUGCAGCAAACAGCGCCGCUUCCAUGCAUUAUGGUAGCUGACGGCACCUGCCGGCCACACCUCGCUGGGGUAAAUGGCGUGGGUGCACAGAUGAUGUGAAGUGUGCAGGGCCUCCAGGAAGAGGGCGCCUUCUACACGAGUGAAAUAAUGCACCGUAGCGCACCCUGCCUUUUCAGAGCACUGGACCGCCAGCGUGACCCUCGGCCUACUGCCUCCUACUGGGUCUCCACUGAAGUGCCUCCCAACCCCUCCUGCCUCACUUUUCUCUCCCUUUCCGCUGCAUCUGAAAUCAAAAAUAUUAUUAUUGCGACGUCUCUUUUACAUUGAUAUUUGUUUUUAUAUGAAUUUAGAGCUGCCUGCUGUCUAAAUAUCACAUUUAUUUUAUACUAACUUUUGUGCCUAGACCUGCUUCAGUAAGAACAUUUUUAUCGUGAAUCAAGAUUGUCUGAAAUGACUGUAUGAAGCCCAUGCGUCACUCUGCUAUGUAUCGUUAAUAUUCAAUAAAUUUACCAUUGAAACACUA